UAGUUCUACUACGAAGAAAUUAAUUUGUGGAUGGAGUAAUUAUGGAUUAAAUCUAUGCUUAACAUAUAUUCAUAUGGCCGCUAUCAUCGGCAAGCAAUUAGGCUGUAGCACCACUGUGUUUGAAACGGGGGGUAUGCGUCAGCAGUUUCACACCCUGGAAUUCGGGGCCGGGCUAAACUCUUCCUUUUGACGGGCGGCCUUGAGUGAGCCACACACAGCCCACAAAGGAAGGAAUCGUUUGCUGCUACAUCCGUUCAGUCUCGUGAAGCAUUCGUCCGUAAAUGGCCCCGUUGGAUAUUCUCUCUUCGCCCGUAACAUGGGUAUGGGUAGUAACUGUCGUCUCACUUCUGUGGAUACUUUACAAAUAUGCCACGUCAACAUUUAAUUACUUUUCCGACCAAGGAAUUCUUGGUCCCAAACCAAUCCCCAUCUUCGGAAACUUGUGGGGCAUCUGGAAAGCGAACAUUCCCGAGUAUGAUGUGGCAUUAGUGAAACAAUACGGUAAAGUGUUCGGUUAUUUUGACGGUUUGUUACCGAACCUUUGGAUUACAGAUGCUGAUAUGAUAAAGGCUAUAUGUGUCAAAGAUUUCGAACAUUUUGUUGACCGCAGAUCUUUUGGCAUCCAAACAAAAGUUAUGCGCAAAUGGAUGAUGCUGAUGAAGGGGCAAGAGUGGAAAGACAUUCGCUCUUCAGUUACGCCAGCCUUCACAACCGGCAAAAUCAAACGAAUGUCCGGACUGAUCAGAGACUGUGUUUCCAAUUUAAGUGACCAAAUGUCUAGAUUGACGGAGAGCGAUGGGAAAAUUGACAGCAAGCUUGUGUUUAGUGCCUACACCAUGGACGUGAUUGCAAGAUGCGCUUUCGGAUUAAAAAUUGACAAUCUCGGGAGUAAAGACGAUCAGUUUAUGAAAAACGCUGCGUACAUUUUAAAUCCGCCAGCCAAUAAAUCUCCAAUCGUUCUGCUACCAUUUGUGUAUCCCAAAUUGUUGAGCUCACUUAGUACCUAUGCUGAACGUUUACUAAUCACUAAAGAGCACAGAUUCUUUUUCAAACUUUUAGAAGAUGUGCUCAAAGAUAGAUCGCAAUCUAAAGAGAAAUUUAACGACUUUAUUGAAUUGGCCGACGAGGCCAUAUCCGAUUUCACGAAAGAAGUUGAUGGCAAAACUGUACCCGUGUGGUCUCGCGAAGAAAUUGAUGAAAUCAUAAUGGCACAGUCCACUCUCUUUAUGCUGGCUGGAUUUGACACAACUGCCACCACUCUGACUAACAUUUUCUUUCAACUGGCAAGAAAUCAAGACAUUCAAGAAAAAUUGUAUGAAAGCAUCGUUACAAAAAUGGAAGAUUACGACGAAGUUUGUCAUGAUAUGGUGCAAGAUAUGCCCUAUCUGGAAAUGGUUAUCCAAGAAGUAUUGCGCUAUUAUCCACCAUUAACACGAGUCGAGCGAGAAUGCACCAAGGAUUACUCUUACGACAACGGGCGCAUUCAAAUUAAAGAAGGACAAAUGGUCACCAUUCCGGCCUUUGCUCUACAUCACAUGGAAGAAUACUACCCCGAUCCAGAAAAAUUCGAUCCCGAAAGGUGGACUCCUGAAAACAAAGCUAAACGUAAUCCUUAUGCUUAUUUGGCAUUCGGCAUUGGUCCUCGCAGCUGCAUUGGAAUGCGCUUUGCAUUGGAAGAGAUGAAGAUUGCCAUCUGUGCUGUAGUCCAAAAAUUCCGCUUUUUUCCAGUUGAAGAGACGCCGGAGAAACUCUGCUUUGAAAACGGACUUUUAGCUGUUUUACAGACUAUUCAAGCAGUAGUGGGCAUUGAACUUCGUCAAUAAGCCAAUUUCAACUGGCUGUUGACAUUGGCCUGUACCAUAUCGCUUUUUUUUUCGUUCCCAAUCCCUUGAGCAAAAUGAGUAAUCAACUAUUUUUUAAAUCGAGAAAGUGAAAUUUGUAAAAGUAGCAAAAAGAAACUCAAGCGUGUCUGAACGAGAACAAUGUAGCUUAUCAACAUAGUUGCCCCCCAAAAAUGCGAUGUCUGCUGGUGUAGGCUAUCAAGAUUUUGGUGAAAAUACCGGUAUUACAAAAGAGAAAUCUUUGAAAAAAGAACUGAAACCUAAAGCUAUUUUAUAACUCAUUAUAAAAUAAAUUGGCCCUGUUAUACUCCUAUACAUCUAAAACUAUAUGAACGAAAUGCAAGUGCGCUGAAUUAAAAUUUUUCUAAUUAUUAAUUUUUAAAAACGAAAGCAGAAACGGUCCCAACGACUUGGUGACUUUAACGAGUUUCCGGAAAUCAACCACAGAUGGCUGAACUUGUAGCAUGUCGUAGCAUGUCGUAGCAAGGUUUCGACUGCUAUUUUUCAGGACCAUUAUUUUUUUUACCUUGCUGUUUCUGUUGCAUGCUGGUUGCAUGUUGUGAUAAGAAAUCAAAUACGGUGAACUGAAGCACGUUAAAGGAAAAAAAACAUGUAGCUUACGUAAUCGAGUAAUUAUAUGUCGACAAGUCAAUCGGAAUCGACUAGAAACGCUGAGGGAGAUGGUGCCAGUCGAGCUCUGCCCAAACUUGUCACUGGGAUGUUUAACGCCCACCAUUUUGGAUUCGUUCAAUCAAUGAAAACUGUGCAAAGUUCCCGUUUUUGCCAUGAUACGGCUUCGUGAAGGUGAUUUACUGAUUUCGCCUACGAUCAAGAUGAACUAGAUGUCAUGAAGCAGGACAUCAUUCUGCUGAAGGGGAUUUGUCUUCGGUGGAAUCCAUCCAGCCGAUCCAGCCGGCACCGUUGAUCGACAAGCCUGCCUUCGAUGGAUUAGAUCUGCCCUUCACCAUUACCAUGCACUUUUCACAAGUCACAAUUUGUCUUACUUUACUGACGAGUUACUGGACCACUUUUCAGUGGUCGCUUCCGUCCACUAUAACACGCACACACCUGUAGCACGGUCUGCCUGUAGUCACUCAUCACGAGAUUAUGCCUAGGUACUGGACAAUUCACUUAUCAAUUUCGUCUUUUCUUUCGCGCGUCGGCGUCCGAGAACGUAAGUUUUGCGUGGUAAUUUUCUUCAUAAAUUGUUCGUCAGAAAAAUGGUGUCCAAUCCCAUCAUCAAGUGCCCUGCUGUAUAAUUUCCUAAAAUGUCGUCUAUUGCUGUACGUUGCACGUUUUGCCACAAGAUGAGGUAUUUCCACGUCAUUCGUCUUCGAUCAAGCUGAACCGAAAGUGAACUAAUACAAAGUAACAUAUCGAAGAUCUUGCCUUUCUCCACGUGGUCGCUGCCGUGUCAUGAAGAUGCUGCUGCUGCCUCUUCUAUAUUGCAGGACAAAUGCGAUGAAAAGAAGAAAUCUGUAAAGGAAGUUUUGUUGCAGCCAACUGGCGAAAGGGAGUUAAAAUCAAGUUGAGCUGCAGCCCCUGGAAGCAGUCUACAUUGCUGGUGUCAUGCUGAAGUGGGGAAAUGUUACCUGAAGUUUAAACAGCAACAAAGACAUCUUGAAAUGGUGACAACGUGACGCAUUUUACGUGUGUUGGUAAUUUAGGGGCAUGUGUCGAGUAGAAGGAAGACGAGUGAAAUUUUAAUUCUUUCUGGGACGCUGUUCGAGGGCGUUUUUUUUUUAAGUUACUUCUGGGUGAUGUCAUCUAAAAGGUAACAUGUCCUUGGCUCAUUUGAUCAUGUGGCCUGCUGUACAUUUUCCAAAAAUGUCGUCCCUUGGUGCAUGACACACGUUGUCACAUGAAUAGGUAUCUCCACGCCAUUCGGCCAAACUGAACUGAAAGUGAAUCAUUUCAAGCAACAUGUUGAAUAUUUUGCCUUUCUCCAUGGGUCCAUGGGCUGUGUCAUGAAGAUGGAUCUUUGAGAGGGUCACUACUGCAUUGCAAGACAGAAUGAUGAAAAGAGGGAAAAUAUUAAGGUAAAAGAAUCCUUCCCUUAUCUGCUGAAGAAUUUGAGAACACAGCAAAGGGUGGACCACAUUUCUGUCAUGCAGGAGGUUUUGCUGCUGCAGCCAGCCAUUGAAAGGGAGUUCAAAUGAAGUUGAGUUGAAGCUCCUGGAAGCAGUCUACAUUGCUGGUGUCAUCCUAAAGUUAAACAGCAAGACAGAUAAGCUGCAGUGUCAAUGUGAUGCUGCAUACUGUCAAUGGAGCUGGUGUUAUCCACAAGUGUAGAAGCAAAACUAGAAGCACAGGUGCAAGAACACAUCCCGAAAUGGAUGGUGGAAAUUUGCCGUGGUUUUGUAGUCUGCUGCCUGUUCAAGCUGUUGCUAUCCUGGAUUUUGCCUUAGUCCUUGAAAUAGCAGAUGUUGGUGGUAUCCAGAUGUUGCUGUGGCAGUGAAAUUCGGGUUGAAGAUUAAAAUACUUUCGUCUGAUAAAUGUUUAUCGAUCCAUGUAGCGUAUGAUUGAAGUAACUUGAUAUUAAUUUGCUAUUCCAUGUCACAUGUUGCAGCCCGUGUUGGUGAGAGUUCUUUGACAUUAAGUUCUAUCUGCUGGUGAUGUUGGUUAUGAUAUUACCUUUAUCCACAUCCACAUGAUAUCAAAUUAUUCCUUAUUGAUUGAUGACCAAACCUCUCAAGUCAAACCUGCAAUCUUGUGUUAUGUUAACUUCAUUGUUUAUAUCUUAUCACAUUUCACUUGUAAUCAAUAUAAAUAAAACCCAAAU